CCGAAAUAGCCUCAUAUCGCGAUCAAAACUGCCGGCCAGGAACUUGCCGAUACGCCAGCCUCAUCGGCACCCGCCCGAAAGAGAAAAAACCCUGAGCGCUUCGGCCGUACUCCGUAUUAUUCCUUUGCGAGGUAGGGCUAGGGCCACGUUGCCGCCGAGCGCGAAAUCGCCGACCAUCCAUCACCUUCGAACCGGAAAAUGACCCCGCCAUCCACCGGCGGCCAAGCGGCCGAGAACAACGACCACCUCGUCCAGUCGGACAACCCGGACCACCCGGCCAACCUGAUCCCAUCGCUAUGUGCCAAGUUCUGGACACUCGGCUGGGUCACCGGUACGGGAGGAGGUGCCUCGAUCCGCGACAGUGACCUCGUCUACAUCGCGCCCUCGGGCGUGCAAAAGGAGCUGAUGAAGCCCUCUGAUAUCUACGUGCUCUCACUCGCGGCCCAAGCGCAGUCCCUCGACCGCCGCAACCGCGUCUACCUUCGCAGCCCGCCCAACUACAAGCCGAGCCAGUGCACCCCGCUGUUCCUAGCCGCCUUCACCAAGCGGCGCGCCGGCUGCUGCAUCCACACGCACUCACACUGGGCAGUGCUCGUGACGCUGCUCCUGGAGAAGGAGGGCCCGGGCAAGGACCGCGAGUUCCGCAUCAACAACAUCGAACAGAUCAAGGGAUUCGGCAGGGGCUUUGAAAAGACCGGGAACCUGGGGUACCACGACACGCUGGUGGUUCCCGUGAUCGAAAAUACGGCGCAUGAGGAGGACUUGACCGAGUUCCUCGAAGAGGCUAUGGACAAGUACCCUGAUACCUAUGCGGUCUUGGUGAGGAGGCAUGGCGUGUACGUAUGGGGAGAGAAUGUUCAUAAAGCCAAGACGCAGUGCGAAAGCCUCGACUAUCUCUUCCAGCUGGCCGUUGAGAUGAAGAGGUUGGACCUGCCCUGGAUCACCGAGAUCGAGCCCGUGAAACCCCGGAGGCCGUAGCUGAAUUCCACCGUAACUUGCGCAAGUGACUUGCAGGCCACAACAUGCUCCGCCAAUUGUGUGACCAAUUGACGUUGACUGGUCGCUGAAAUAAACCAUCAAUUUCGGCUCGCAAAGUUGCGCUGCCUAUAAACGACUACCCACAGCUGCGAAUAUUUA